CAUGUUACACAUACUGCCAAAAUCUACUCUUCCCGUACGGCGGUAAUAAGUUUCCAGCAGGUUUAUUCUCUGUUUUACGACCGAAAUAAAGAAAUUUCGUCAUUCCUGCGCUGACUUCGCAACAUGUGGUUGAAACGUUGCCUGUUUUUAUGCGUUGCGCUCACAGCAGCAGCAGUCAAAGUUGACCUCCAAGGCUCCCUAACCCUAGGUUCAGAAGUCGCCGAUUUCCUGGCGCACAACUUUCAAGAAGAGUUCCUUGGCGGCGUCAAUGCACGGAGAGCCAACACUGACGCCCUAGAGGAACUAAUCAAAGUCGUCAAACACAUGAGACCUUGCAAAGAUUCCUCCGUCUGCACGCCGAAAUUAGAAAAGCUCAUAAUCGAGUACGUUUCUGAUCUGACAACCGGCAUAAAGGCAGUUUUUGACGACGUUUUGGAAGAUGAGCUUUGCAAAGUUAAGUAUUUCCAGAAAUGUCUGAAGCACGUUAGGAAAGUUGUCAGAGACGCUGCUUCAGACGCUGAUGAGGUACACAGAUGGAUUAAUAUUCUUAAAAAGAUAAGUGGUGUUUAUCUUGAACAGGGGGUGUUACUUGCUAAACAAGGCUUAGAUAAUGCUGAUAAAAGGGAGCAAGCAACUAAUGCUCUUAAACAGCAACUGGUUUUUAAAAUAACUGAUAUUGAGAAGAAAUAUGAAAUGAUACUUUGCAAUGAAUUCCGUUUAUGUCCAUAUCAAUUCGACGCUACUAUAUAUGUGCAACUCUUACUUAACUUAAUAAGGAAUAUGAAGGAGAAUAAUGUAAGAUUAUUUUUGAACCAAUUCAAGAAAAAAUAUCUACACGCCCCCAUGUUCAAGGAAGAUGUUAUAAUGAAGAAGAAUUUCGAGGAGGUCUUAAAAGAGAUGUUGCUAAACAAAACAAUAGAAACAAAAGCAAUUGUAUUAUCUAUAGCUGAUGUAGUUCAGAAAAGACUAGCAGGAACGCAACCGAGGGAAAGAGAUGUUAGGUUACUACAGAUGAUUUUAUCCGAUAUGGACCAUAUUUAUGUAAACAACAAAGAUGAACAUAUUGAAAAGUUCUUGGAUGUCGUAAAGGAUUGGUUGAAGAGCAAUGAUGAUAACGCCUUGGGAGAUGGAAUGGAGGUUUUUUACAAUAGUUUGGCUUCGCACUUUUUAAAUCAGCCGAGUGAAAUAAUGUUUAAAUUGCAGACUGUGGCUCAAGUAUUUUUAGAAGUCACAGCACAUUAUACUCCGCCUGCUUCCAGAUAAAUAAAUUAACCAGUUGA